CUGCGAGACUGGCUGUCAUGGAUCUUCAGUGGACUUCCAUUGAGCCACGUGGUACGAGUUAUCGACUGCUACUUAGUGGAAGGUCAUAAGUUUGUCACUAGAGCUGCAAUUGCGAUUGUUUAUAUUUGGGCGAAGUCGUUGAAGAAUCGUCCACAUGAAGAAAUGCAUGGCAAGUCGCAGGAAGAAAGGAUCGAAGAAGUGAAAACGGAGCUGGCUAAUACAGCAGCACAGAUGCAGAUUAUCGACCGAAACUUUCAUUCAAAACCGCCAAUUCGCGAUCAGAAAUCUGCAAAGUUCAACGAUUCAGCGAUUGCAGGCGCACGUUCGAAAAACAAGGUUCGUGAAGAAGUCACCCGUCGACAGUCACAGAAACGAGCUUUGCCUAGAAGAGCCCGACACUUGUUCACUCAGCCGUUUUCUUCUGCUAUAAUGCAGCUGCGGAGAAUUAUGUCAGCACUGCCCCCUCGUCUCCAACUGGCAACGCCUCAACUGCUGUUCCGACUGAGCAUUGAUGGCGCAAGUUUCACUCACCUCUGGAGCAAAAUCGAUCAAGCAGAACAGACCCUUCUGCUCAUAAAAACCACAAAAGGAGCUAAAUUUGGUGCCUACUGCAGUUCGUCGUGGGCGGAGCGGAACGAUCGUCGUGAACGGCUAAAUCAAGAAGAGCUUGAACUUCCCAUUAUCUACGGAUGGGUUGGUAACAAUAAUGAACAUCCUGAUGCUUGCCCACAGAUGUUCAUGGCAGCUGGUGAUAAGCUGCUUGUGGUACGUCUCUAUAUUAUUUUUCCUUUUCCCUACUAA